AUGAACAGGAAAGUACCAAAGUCCAUCUCAAGGUUAUCCUUUUUACCGUCAUCUCUGCCCAGGAGAGCCAUCGGGCCUACUUGCUCAUGCAACAUAGAACGGAGUCAAGCUCUGCAGCGUUUGGCCUUGAAUGCAUCCUGCUCUCAUUUGACCAUCGUUUCCCUCAGCCCAAGGGCUAGACUGUUUUCAACGACGGUACAGAGGAAUGACGACAAGCUAGCACAGCCUCCAGCUCCAACAGACUUGCUGGAGCUGUAUCGGGGUCUGGUAGCCUCAGGUAGGCUGAAAUGGGAUGACGAGCAAGUUAGAUGCGUUAUGAAGCUUCGACAACUUCUGUCAACGCUUGAAGACUACUCUCCACCUGUAGACCUGGUAGCGAAGCUUACUCCUUCUGCACCUUUCGUUGCUCAAGAAGUGAAAAGACAAUCAAGCUGGCUAAAAGGGAAGGAGAGAAUUGGCGACUAUCUUGGAAUAGAAGCCGGUCAAGGUGAAGAAGAAAGGAAACUUGUAAAAGUCUUGAGUGGAGAAGAAGAAUUAGCCAAUCUAUCUACUCCCAAGGGAAUAUUGCUUACCGGUCCUCCAGGUACCGGUAAAUCAUUACUGUUGUCGUUAUUCUUUCAACUUCUUCCACUGCCCAAGCGCAGAGUACAUUAUCAUGCGUUCACACUGUCCCUUUAUCGACAAGUCUUCCUCGAAAUGGAAAGAAGGAGGACCACGCCGUCGCCUUUAGAUCAGAUUACGAAAAACACCGAAAAUAUGGACAUGGCAAGUAAGAAAGGAUGGAAAGCAGUUUUCGCCAACGGGAGGUGGGAUGAGGAGGGAAAAGAGAGGAGGACUUGGGCUAAAGAAGAGGGUAUGGCGUUCAUCAUCGCCAGGAAGAUGAUGCUAGAUUAUCAUGUCCUAUAUUUUGACGAAUUCCAAUUGGUCGACGCUUCUUCGGCAGCAUUGAUCCGAGAUGUCCUCUCGUGGUACUGGCGAUUGGGUGGUGUUGUUGUAGCCUGCUCAAAUCGGGUACCUGAAGACUUAUAUCAUCAUGGUGUCCAACGGGAUCGGAUGAUCGGAUUCCUUGAUGCUUUAAAGAGUAGAUGUGAGGUUGUCCAAGUAGACGGUGGCAUAGAUUGGCGUUCAGGCUCUCACGAAGAAGCAGAGAACAAAAUCAAAAGGUGGUAUGGCGAAACCGAUAAAGGGUUUGAUAAUGCCUGGCGGGAAGCAGUCGGUGAUCAAGAAUCCGGUCCCAAGUAUAUGUCGGUAUACGGCAGGAAGGUCAUUGUUCCAGCAGCUGCGGGCAAAUCGUGCCGUUUCACUUUUGCUGACUUGUGCGAGGAGGCUUUGGGUCCAGCGGACUAUCUGACUUUGGCAUCAAUUUAUUCGACUAUUUUCAUCGAUGAGGUACCAAUACUGUAUCUGAAAUUCAAAAAUGAAGCUCGUCGAUUGAUUAACCUCGUGGACGCACUGUACGAGUCACGAUGUCAAAUACAUGUAAGAUCAUCUGCCACAUCAUCCACCCUGUUUUUCCCCGAUGCACUUGAAUUAAGAGAGUCCGAGGUGGAUGAUAUGACGAACGAGAGAAUCAUGGCUGCGGAAUCACUUUCUGAAACAGUUUCGGCGCCUUAUCGACCUAAUACCAGUUUGUAUAACGCCACAACACCUACGCAGAGGGAAAAGGAGAAACUAGAAGACAAACGAAAAGCCAAUUCUUUUAGUGUUCUUGGAAUUUGGACAGGAGAAGAUGAAAAAUUCGCUUAUAAACGAGCAGUAUCCAGACUUGUCGAGAUGACCACCUCUUCCACAUAUGCUGCUGAGGAUUGGCUUCCUCUCGAUAACGAAGCACGGACUUGGGAGGCUUCAACGAAUCCAACAACCUCGUUCAAGUUUUCCAGGCCUCGAUCAGGGGCUUCACUUUCACCCUUCCUCGGCAAAGUAUCAGACGACCUAGCAGUAGAAGCAGGCUACUCACGUCCGGGUAGAAUGACACCCGAUGAAGCUCAAGAGAGAAAGUCAGCGCCUGUCAUCAAGGAACAGCAUAUGUGGGGAGUAGCUGACGAAUGGGGAGAAAAAGCUGGCCAUUGGGGUAAAGGAGUGAAAGCCAAUGACCCGAAGCGAAGGAAUAAGCCCGAGUGA